AUCUACUAAUGACACACCAAAGCCAACCAAAACACACCUAAUCACCAUCUCACUCUGCUAUAAAUAUUAAGCAUUGCAAUAGCACAUAGCACCAUAGGUAUUAUAUCUUCAACAACAAUCAUCAAUGGCUACCCUUAUUGCCUCUGAAAACUUCUCCCCCACUGAAGAUGCUGAAGUUCUUAGAAGAUCUGUGGAAGGAUGGGGGACUGAUGAGAAGGCUGUAAUCUCUAUACUGGCUCAUAGAAAUGCAGCUCAGAGAUAUGAAAUCAGGCUUGCUUAUGAGGAGCUUUAUCAUGAAGAUCUUAUCAAGCGCCUUGAAUCGGAGCUCUCUGGGGAUUUUGAGAAAGCGAUGUACCGUUGGAUAUUGGAUCCUACAGAUCGCUAUGCAGUCUUGGCUCAUGUGGCAAUCAAGAAAUCUGAGACUGACUACAAUGUCAUCGUUGAAAUUUCAAGCACUCUAUCUCCUGAAGAGCUCCUGGCAGUAAGAAGGGCUUACCAACUUCGCUACAAGCACUCUUUGGAGGAAGACUUGGCUGCACAUACCACCGGUGAUAUCCGCAAGCUUCUGGUUGCUUUGGUGACUACUUAUCGGUAUGAUGGUAGUGAGAUCAAUGCGAAACUGGCAAAUUCGGAAGCUGAUAUUCUUCAUGAUGCCAUCAAAGACAAGGCUUUCAAUCAUGAGGAAGUUAUUAGGAUCCUCAGCACAAGGAGCAAGACGCAGCUCAUGGCAACCUUCAACCGCUACAGAGAUGACCAUGGCAUUUCCAUCAGCAAGAAUUUGUUGGAUGCUGGUGCUGAUAAUUUCCAGAAGGCACUUCACGUCGUCAUUCGAUGCCUCAAUGACCCAAAGAAGUACUUUGAAAAGGUACUUCGCCACGCAAUCAAAAGGACUGGGACAGAUGAGGAUGCCCUCACUCGCGUGAUCGUUACGAGGGCAGAGAGGGACUUGAAGGACAUCAAGGAGUUUUACUACAAGAAGAACAGUGUUCAUCUUGAGCAUGCUGUGGCCAAAGAAACUUCAGGAGAUUACAAGGCAUUCCUCGUUACCCUGCUAGGGCAGGAAGCUUGAAACCGUUCUCUGAGCAAGUUAUUAGUAUAAUAAUCCAGUUGGUUGUGUUUUAUGUUGGACUUUGAUGGCAGUCUUUGUUUUCUUAUGUUUGUGUCUUAAGUUACCAUGUUGGAUUGGCUAUCUGUCUUCGUCUAUGUUUGUUGGAGUUUUAGUUUUUAUAAAGAGUUGUCUGUCAGACUUUCAAAUUUGAUGGAUGAAUUAAGCAGAAGUUAUAUUUAUAGCUAGUCUUGCAAUGUGUUUGGAUUGAUAA